AUGUCUGGUCUCCAGAACUCGAAUGGCUCAUGGGAAGAGAAUCCUUCGAAUGGUCAUGAGCUGCCGUCUUCACAGGAACAGACCACAACGACAACGAUUAUUACCGACGAGAAGGGUCAUCACCCGUUGAUCGAUCAGUCGAUCCGAUUACCUCCCAGGAAAAUCAUCAGUGUUUUUCUGGCGUGUUGUUUAACGGACGUGUGUUCGUUGUUGGAUUACACCAGCUUGGCGAUCGCCUUAUCGGCGGUAGCGGUGGAUCUGAAUGCCGGCUCGACGAGCAGUUGGAUCGCUAGUCAUCUUUCGGAUGUCUGGUCUAGGAAAGUAGUCCUACUAGCCUUAUUGGUGGUUUUCUUUCUCGGUUCGUUGGCUUCUUCGUUAGCCACAACCGCCAACCAAUUAAUUAUCUUCCGAGCUAUUUCGGGAAUCGGAGGUGGCGGAUUAGUCACGGUUGCUCAAGUGAUCGUGUCCGAUGUGGUUUCUCUACGCGAACGCGGGAAAUAUCAAGGAAUCUUGGGUGCUGCGACUGCUUUAUCAAAUGGAAUCGGCCCAGUGCUUGGGGCUUCGUUUUCUCACGGAAGUCGCUGGCGGUGGAUCUUUCGGAUCAAUUUGCCACUAGCUAUCUUGUGUGCUCUUGCUGCUAUAUUCUUCAUGCCUUUGAAAAAGGUUUCUGGCAGUUGGAAAAGGAAGUUACGGCAGAUCGAUUUCAUCGGUUCAGCACUCACGCUAAUCAGCUCAUCAAUGUGGGUAAAACUCUUAAGUUUUACUUGGGCGGGUGUGGCAUACCCAUGGCUAUCUCGACAGGUGAUCGUUCCGUUAUGCUUUUCGGCUUUAGCUGCAAGUCUAUUUGUGAUAUGGGAAUGGAAAUUUGCCUCGAUUCCAGUCAUGCCACUUCGGAUCUUCAAAUCGUCUAUCGUUUGCGGCGUCCUGGUAACUCAAGCCGUCAACGGCUGGGCUGCUUUAAGCCUUUCCUUCUAUUUACCUCAGUUCUAUCAACUCAUCUACGGCUAUUCACCACUCAAAAGCGCAUGCCUGCUGAUCCCAAUCACCGUCAGUCAAACGUUCACAAGUACUCUGAGCGGCCUCGUCAUUACGUGGACAGGAAAUUACAGGGUCUCUAUACUGUCUGGAUGGGCAAUCUGGACAGCUGGACUCAGUUUAAUUUCAACGCUUGAUGAGAACUCCAACUUGGCAAGACAGCUUUCUUACAGCAUCUUAACAGGGAUUGGUAUUGGAUGCACGUUUCAAGCAUCGCUGAUUGCAAUCCAAGGUGCUGUUGAGCGGCGCGAUGCCUCGGUAGUGACUGCUGCUCGUGGAUUUUUUAGGUACUUGUUCGCCACGGUUGGCUUGUCGGUCUCAGGAGCAAUUUUAAACAAUAACGCCAAGCAUCUCCUUGAGAAGCAAGGUUUUGAGUCCAGCGUGAUUUCCCAGAUGAUGGAUUCCCCUUUCGCAGCUCUUGAAAAGCUGGCCAACCAAGACGAUAAGAGGACCCAGCUAAUCAGUGCAUACCGCAGUGCAUUCCGGGCUGUCUUCUUGGUCUCGACCGGGUUGGCCGCCAUGUCCUUGUUGUGCACCUUCUUCUUUAUCAAAACUAAGUCGGUCGAUCGUCCAUUAGAAGAUGCUAAGCUUCAAGCGGAAUAUCGACAAUCUCUACGAAAGGAGAAAAUCGAUUCCCCACUCGUGCUUACCGGCCGGCAGAUAUAA